GCUCGCUGCCAGCUGUUUGAAUCCUGCAUGAGGAAUGAAGCAAGAAGAUUGAGGACUUUUCGGCAAUGGCCAGGCAACUCACCUGUGUCUGCCCGAGAUUUGGUCAAGGCUGGCUUUUUCUUUGUGGGUCCAAGAGAUGAAGUACAGUGUUUCUGCUGUGGUGGUGUCCUGAAGGACUGGGGACCUGGUGAUUGCCCGAUAGCGGAGCACGUGAAGUUCUUCCCUUCCUGUAAAUUCAUUUGUGGUGAGGAUGUUGGGAACCAAGAGAUGCUUCCUCUUCAGGAAAUCUUUGACACUGUGGAUGGGCAGUUCCUCAGUGUUUUGCAGGGGAUAGAGAGUGAGGCGACAGCCCUCCCCAACGAACCAGAAUACCCAGAGAUGGUAACAGAGGAGAUGAGACUAUCUACAUUUCAGAACUGGCCACAAUAUACUGACACGCAUCCUGAGCAACUGGCUAGAGCAGGAUUCUUUUACACAGGACAAGAUGAUGUAGUGAGGUGUUUUUACUGUGAUGGAGGUGUGAGGAACUGGUCGUUUGGAGAUGAUCCUUGGAGGGAACAUGCCAAAUGGUAUCCGGGGUGUGAAUUUUUACUGCGGUCAAGGGGGAGAGAAUUUGUUAGCAGUGUUCAGGAGUCCUUUUCUAGCACCCUGAUAUCUCCAAGAGAUUCCUGGGAUCAGACUGAACAAGAUUCCUCUGCUUCCCAAGAUCCUCUGAGGAAUUGGGAAUUGCAGGCUCUUCCCUCUCUGGAUCAGUUUACCAUAGUGCAGAAUGUCCUGCAGAUGGGCUUUGACCCCACCUGGGUGGCUAGCCUGGUAGAGAAUAAAUACAUGCUGACUGGGACUUUCUACCUUUCUGAGCCUGAACUGAUUUCUGAUCUGCUUCAGCCAGAAUGGGAAGAGAGCAGCAGUGCAGAGGAAAGCAGAGAUGCUGUUGAGAGAGAGACUGAAACAUCAAGUUCAAGAGAAGAAAUACAAUCCGUGCAACAAAAGGAAUCAGAUGAGUCUCGGAUGAGCACGGAAGAACAGCUCCGACGCCUGCAAGAGGAAAGGAUGUGCAAAGUGUGCAUGGACAGAGAUGUGUCUGUUGUGUUUGUUCCCUGUGGCCACCUGGUAGCUUGUGGAGAAUGUGCCCUCAAUUUGAGAUUGUGUCCUAUCUGCAGAGCGGUCAUCCGGGGAAGUGUGAGGACUUUCAUGUCCUGA